UUCUCGAGAAGCCGCAGCUUGUUCUGUUAGUCAAAAGAACAAACACAUAGUGGUCAAAUAGAGUACCACCAUUACUUCAUUUCCAUCCCGAGAUGCCCCCCUUCCCGAAGCCCGCUUCUCCCUUCUCCUUUCUCGGCCGACGCGACCUCUCCUCCCUCCUCGUCCCUCACCCUCCCUGCCCUAGCCGCCCUUUUGCUCCCCACGGUUGGUUCUCGAUCCCCGCAGCCGUCUUUCCCGGCGUACGCGGCCAGUUCCGGUGUGCUUCCAGCGGCCGCGACUUCGCCUCCGCCCGGGAUCGGAGUUCGCGUAACAUCCUCGUGUACCUCCUCGGAAUGGUCGCCGCGAUGGUCGGCGCCUCCUACGCCGCCGUCCCCCUCUACCGCCGCUUCUGCCAGGCCACCGGUUACGGAGGCACCGUGCAGCGCCGCGAGAGUGUCGAGGAGAAGAUCGCCCGCCAUGCGCAAGAAGGAACCAAGGCUUCGAGGGAGCUUGUUGUUCAAUUCAAUGCUGAUGUUGCUGAUGGGAUGCCAUGGAAAUUUACCCCUACACAAAGAGAGGUCAGGGUUAAGCCAGGAGAAAGUGCCCUUGCAUUUUAUACUGCUGAAAAUCAUAGCUCAACUCUCAUAACUGGUGUUUCUACAUACAAUGUUACCCCAAUGAAGGCUGCAGCUUACUUUAACUAGAUUCAGUGUUUUUGUUUUGAAGAGCAGUGACUUCUUCCAGGAGAACAAAUUGACAUGCUGGUUUUCUUCUACGUUGACCCAGAGUUUGAGGCUGAUCCUAAGAUGGAUGGUGUCAACAACCUGAUCCUUUCAUACACCUUCUUUAAAGUUAAUGAGCGUUAGCAAAGCAUCACAAGCUUCAUUUCUUUACCACUUAGUCUGUGAAGUCUCCAGUGACAGAUAACUGUUCUUGUAUUUUCCAUAUAUUGUUUUGUCUUAUAUACUGGAAUGAUAUCAAAAUGCUAUGUAGAAUACGAAAUUGUCACUGAAAUGAAAUGAAACCUAUUCUUGUA